AAAUUGUUAACGGGAAUCUGGGAUAUUUUGCUUGCAAAGCUUUGUGAAUUUUACCGAUUUUUUUUCCUGAUAUUUAUAGAAAAAUAAUGUUAUUAUAGUUGUUUAAUAUGAUAUUAAAAAUAUUUUAUGAAUGAGUGAUACCGGUAGCGACUCCGAGGCGACCGAGCACACUGCACUCAUGGAUGGCCACAUAGCCGAAGCUCGUCCCGAUCGGGAGGUAGCUGAACGGAUUGCGAGAAAACGCAAAACCAAGCCCGACACGCAGCGGAAUUAUGGUGCUGUGGAGCCAUCAGAAGGUAUGUCUAGUACAGUGGGUAGCUCAGGUCAGAACCCUCCUGAUCCACCAACAGAGCCUCAAUUAGAGGAGCUGGAGCUAAAAUAUGGAGCUAGGCAUGUGAUAAAGCUCUUUGUGCCUGUUACUUUGUGUAUGAUAGUAGUUGUUGCCACAAUCUCUUCAAUCAGCUUCUACUCUGUCAAAGAUGUAUACUUAGCUUAUACCCCAUUUCAUGAGGAGAGUCCAUAUGCAGUAACAAAAGUGUGGAAUGCCUUAGCCAAUUCCUUAAUCUUGUUGUGUGUUAUAGCCCUCAUGACAGUACUGCUAAUAGUGCUAUAUAAGAAGAGAUGUUAUAAAGUGAUACAUGGAUGGCUCAUCCUGUCAUCACUGAUGUUGUUGUUCUUGUUCUCGUACUUGUAUAUAGAAGAGGCUUUAAGAGCGUAUAAUAUACCAAUGGACUAUAUAACAUUGUUUUUUGUAAUGUGGAACUUUGGUGUCAUGGGAAUGAUAGUGAUACACUGGAAGGGCCCACUGCUACUUCAACAGGCGUACCUGAUAUUUAUUGCUGCUUUGAUGGCACUAGUGUUUAUCAAAUAUCUGCCAGAAUGGACAACUUGGGCUGUGCUAGCUGUCAUAUCUAUAUGGGAUUUAAUAGCAGUUUUAACACCAAAAGGACCACUGAGAAUAUUAGUGGAGACAGCCCAAGAGAGGAAUGAACCAAUAUUUCCUGCAUUGAUUUAUUCAUCGACGGUGAUGUACUGCGUGGUUGCGGCGGGCGCCGGGAGCGGCGCUGGCGAAGGUGAGCCGCAGCCGCGGGAGCUUCGGCCCCUCAAUCCUCGCGACGCCGAAUCGCGCGCACCCCGUUCAGGCGCGGCGCGGUCUAGCGAAGGCGAGGGCGGGUUCGACGCGGCGUGGCAGGAACGUGCGGGUGCGGGCGCCAGUGCGGCCCCGCGGCGUCUGCGGGUGGAGGGAGACGGCUCCGCGCCCGCACACUACGUCACGCGUGUCGAGCGCCCGCAUCCGCCCCCAACUCAUGAGCUGGAAGAGGAGAAGGGCGUCAAACUCGGUUUGGGAGACUUCAUCUUUUACAGCGUGCUAGUUGGUAAAGCGAGUUCGUAUGGAGACUGGAACACCACACUUGCCUGUUUCGUAGCAAUACUUAUUGGCCUAUGUCUAACGCUGUUGCUGCUCGCGAUAUUCAAGAAGGCACUGCCAGCAUUGCCAAUAUCGAUAACAUUUGGGCUCAUCUUCUACUUCGCGACGCGCUGGGUCGUGAAGCCGUUCGCGGACGCACUAUCGGCGGAACAAGUGUUCAUUUAGUACCUCGCAACGCUUCCCCUACUCAAUAUCACUUGUUAGGCUGUUUGCUAGUUUCCUUCCGAACUUCUGAUACGCCCUUAAUUUAAGUGUUGGAGUCUUCGAUCAAUAAUAUACUAAACUUAGAAUCUUUAUAGUAUUUAAUUUAAUGUUAACAAACAUUUAUUUAAAGUCAUUUAACUAAAUUGAGCUUUAAAAGAAUUGCAAAUGAAAUAAACGAUUUUGUUUUAUGAACUUUAGAUAAUAUUUAAGUUACAUUGAUAUUAAAAUUGUCCGAUAUUUUCAAUGCAUUUUUGGAUUAAAAGCCAGCCAGAACCGUGUUCAAGUAUGCGUCCAACGUGCGACCAACCGUGCGACAGUUGUUGCUCGAACUGUCGCUCGAUUGGUCACACUCUAAAUGCAAACUUGAACGUCGCUAAUGCGGGCCUUUGAACACGCAUGUUUGAACACAUUACUUGAACGUCGCUAAUGCGGGCCUUUGAACACGCAUGUUUGAACACAUUACUUGAACGUCUAUGGCCCGCACCAGGGCAUAGAUUGGACGCAGCGUUGUGGCCUUGGCUUAAAAUAUAUUUCAAGAUUGUUUCAAAUACAAUCAGAUUUAAUUUCAAGAUGCGCUGCCAAUUGCUGAUUUCAAAGAGUGACCGUGAUACAUAAGAUUUCAUGGGACUGUGGGAUUAAAUUUAAGUUAGCUUGCCAGUGAAAGGGUCGAUGGUUUCAAUUUUGUUGCACAGAACUCUCUAUACUAAUUUCAUUAAAAUAAUGAUGCUUCUUUCAACAAAGAACAUACCGAAAAGGAUGGCAUAUCUUUAAGAUUUAUCAAUUACAUUUAGUGGUGAGAUCUGUGUACAAUAAAAGCAGCAAAAUCGAGGUUCUUUUACAUACAAUCGUAUGUAACAGAACCUCGAUUUUGACUACGAUUACAUGUCUAGUACGUUAUUGAUCGGAGCUUAGAGCGAUUCGUAUUGGUCGCACCGAACGUAUUGUGUAAAAUGCGUUGCGAUUGAUGAAAUAAUACUCGUAGUAUAAGAUUCGCUUGCAUGCUUGCAAUUGGAGACUAUAGCUGUUAACGCAAGAGUAAAAUUGAACUUAUUUGGCAUGUCUUAAAACUGAUAUUCGUAUACACUUGUUAACAAAGGUCAUCGAAUGGAGAUAAACAACGCCAACUAACUUGAAUGUAAAUAACGUGCGAGAGACAAGUACACAAAUACUAUAUUAUUAUAUUACUAUAUGAUAGGCGGUUGGCGCAGUGGG